AUGGCAGGCUCACCUAGCAAGGACGAUGAGGUCAUCAUCGUCGGGGCCGGCAUCUUUGGCCUCAGUACCGCAGUGCAUCUCUCCCGCCGGGGCUACAGAAAUGUCACAGUCUAUGACAAGCAGCCCUAUCACAAGAGUCUGUACUCGUACUUCAAAGGCGCCGACGGAGCCUCUGCAGACAUGAACAAAAUCAUCAGAUCUGCCUAUGGCGCACAAACGGAGUAUCAGGGCUUGACCAUUGAGGCACUAGAGGGCUGGACCGCGUGGAACAAAGAGUUGGCAAGCGGGAAGACAGUUCCCCCCGGUCUAACCACCAACGACCGCGUCUUUGUCAACAAUGGCAACUUGUCACUCUCAGACUCGGCGACUCUUCCACAAUUCGAGCAAGAUACUGUCGACAACAUGGAAGCAGCAGGGCACCGAAACACCCAACUCAUCACCAUUGACGAGGAACAUCAGAAGAUCGCUGCUGAGAAGGGAUGGACUUUCGGAAUGGACCCGUUCCGCCGUCUAGAGAGAGGUCUCAACGCGGCCGGUGUACUCGACACGACAGGGGGGAUGGCCGUGGCGGACAAGGCCUGUCGUUUUGCUCUGCAUAAAGCGACAAGCCAAGGCGUCAAGUUUAUUUUAGACUCUCAGGCCGGUGCUCUUGUCUCGCUGAUUUACGAGGGCAAAAGGGUCGUCGGGAUCAAGACCCUCGACGGCAAGGAACACCGCGCGAAGCUGACUAUUCUGGCGUGUGGUGGCUGGACACCCUCUUUGCUUCCAGCUCUGGACGGCCUCUGUGAGACGACGGCAGGGUCUGUCGUUCUGCUCAAGAUCCCUCGCGGAUCGCCACUUUUUGCUCGCUUCGCACCCGAGAAUUUCCCAACGUUUACAUACAAAGUGCGGGACGGCGCCGAGGGCGGCCUGUAUGGAUUCCCCAGGGACGAGAACGGCUGGCUAAAGAUUGGCUACCGCGGAACGAAAUACACGAAUCCCGUCACGCAAGCUGAUGGCAAGGAGCGCAGUGUUCCCAUUACGCGGUGGUCAGCUGCCUCGCCUCCUGGCAAACCUGACGAGGCCGCCGGCGGGCUCUUGACGACAAUUCCCCAACAAGCUUUGAAAGUCUUGCGUUCGUUCUUGGCAGAAAAUAUCCCCGAGCUAGGCGCCGAGGGCAUCGACAUCUCUUUUACCAGAGUGUGUUGGUAUACUGAUAGCUAUGAUAACCAUUUCGUUAUCGAUCAUGUUCCCGACACAGAAGAGUCACUCAUGGUGGCGACUGGUGGCAGCGGACACGCGUUUAAGUAUCUUCCCAAUAUUGGCAACUGGGUUGUUGAUGCGGUGGAAAAGAAGGGGCAAGAUCGGAUCCCACCUAAGCUUUGGAAGUGGAGACAUAUUGGGAAGCAGGAGAGGCCAUAUAAUGUUCUAAUGGAAGGAAUUCAGGGCCUGAGAGCCCUUGGCAACGUGCCUCUGGCGACUGAGAUAGAAAUCGGUGGUGAUGUAAAGGCUAGAUUGUAG